AUGUAUAUCCCGCCAGGAAUCCGCCAGGAGGUAAAACUUCAGCUACUCUAUCUGUCCAUUGGUUUUGUCCUCAGACUGAUUGCGUUUCUCUGGAUCUCUCCAUGUGGUUUCUUCCUUAAUUUUUGCACCGAGCAGGCUUCGACCCUGGAAAAACUGGACAUCUGCCGUGAAUUUGCAGUAGUGAAGUUCCUGGUAGAUGGAAUAUUUUUAGUGGGGCCCUGUGACCUGAGCAUCAAGGAAAUGCUUUUCGACACCGUGCCCGUGAGGCUCUAUCGGUGCAAAACAUCAAAUCCCGAGAAGAGACGAGGACUUGUGUGGAUUCACGGAGGAGCGGGCCUUUUUGGAAGCCUCAGUAAGUUCUCCAAGCUGUUCCACUGGUUCUCACGGUUAGGAAACUUCUUUUUGACUCCCUGUUGCCUUAGGUAUCCCUUGGCACCAGAACACCCCUACCCAGCUCAACAACGCAGCUGCUACGCGGCCGUAUCGUACUUCCUGGAGCACGCGCAGGACUUCGGCGUGGACCCUCAGCGGAUCGUGUUGGGUGGCGACAGCAGUGGAGGCUCCGUCGUGGCGGCCAUUUCUCAACAACUUGUGUUCAGGAAGGACCUGCCCCAGGUCAGGGCCCACGUGCUAAUCUACCCUUACCUCCAAGGUGUGGAUUUCAACCUGCCAUCUUACCAGCAAAACCAGUCAGUGCCCCUCUUACUCAUGAGAGAUAUGAUCCGUUUUGGCAAGUUUUAUCUCACCGGAAAGUCCUCCGACGUCGAUGGAGUGAUGGCCAACGCUCACGUUCCGGAACAUCUCAGGGCCAAGUACCAGAAAUGGAUCAGCGCCGAACUUAUUCCGGAAGAAUUUAAAGUCCGGGGUUACGUCCCUUUCGUACCCGGUCGGUUUUCAGAAGACCUCUUCAAAGAAUGCGAGAGAGCUUUUGAUCCCAUGUUUUCGCCACUCCUGAUGGAAGACGCCGUCCUCCGACGGUUUCCAGAGAUGUUUGUUUUGUGGAAUUUAUAUUUCCCGGCCAUUCGCACAUGCUUCGACCCUGGAAAAACUGGACAUCUGCCGUGA